AUGGCCAAAGCGAAGUCUAAGAAGACUGUCAUCAAGUUGAUUUCCUCCGCCGGUACCGGUUUCAUGAAGUACUGCUUCAGAUUACGUACCGCUCCACCAGUGAAACAGGUUAGAUACGACCCAGUCGCCGCCAGACAUGUUCUCUUUACCGAGUACAAAAAGAGAAGAGGUGCGGUCUCGCUCGGCAUGGAUUUCGCCAAGUUCUACGGUGAGCCAAAGAAGAGCGCUAAAUAA